AUGUCUCCUGCCGAGCAGAAGACGGGAAUUGGCCACUGUGCCGAAAGUCGACGACUCAUUACGCAUGGCGACUGUCUUCUCGUCCAAGAAGAUGCAGGAGCCAGCACCAGGGCUUAUAUCGAGAGUUCUGGCAAGUACUUGGCAAGCCUCGUUGGCCAAGCCCUGAACAAUCGAUCCGUCCAGGAGCGCAAAGACUACAUCAGCAACCAUCGUGUCAUGACCCAGUUUGAGCUUCACAUUGUACGUGGCGCCGUGGCCGAGCUUCGCAGAUCCAUCCUAGCGCAGUACAAAGUCUCUGGUCCUACUGCUGCUUCCUGUUCGGCCAUCAAUUCGCUCAAGGAGGACCUUGAGCGAUGCAAAGCUCUGGGUACGAUGGAGGCAAACCUCAUGGCCAAGCUGCAAUGGGUCGACAGUGUCGAGUGCCGCGUUUACAAUUCCGACUGUCAGCAUUCUUCUUCUUCUUCUUGCCACGACAACGGUGGCAAUGGGCCUACCACUACCACUACCUUGAGCCAGCGACAGAACAUUCCCGUCUCGAGACGUGACCUUGACCGAGAUGGAGGUCUCAAUAACCCAUCUGUACUUCUACCCUUGUCGCUACAGUCCGUCAAUCGUCGUGAUGGCAAUCAACCCAAGUUGCGCGAUCCCUCCAUGGGCGCCGCUAACAAUACCGACGUCAACAAUGUCUCGUCCGUGGUCGACUCUUUGUAUGAGACGGGAUUCCGUGUAGACCAGUGCGACGACGAGGCAAUCUUGGCCCAAUGGCAACAGGCUUUUGUCGAGAAUCCAACCCAGUCCCGUUUCCCAGAAUUCCUGCAGAGUGUUCCCCGAGCAGUUCCCAGUCGACAAUUGACCCACCAUGUCAACAAGGUCUUUCAUGGCUCUGCUACAGUUUUUGAGUCUACGCCCAUCUCUCGUGCCUCGACACAAGACGCCAUUCGUGGAAUCCCAACUCUGGGUAGUCUAUCGGGCGUUCCAGAGCUCCGAGAAAAUGCCGCCAUCAAAGAGGGGGUCUUGGUCGACGUUAGCGAGAGCCCGGCCGAGCUUUAUACUCCCGAAUGCACUCCGAAGCAUACAGGCUGCUCGACGGAUGACAAGGACCCUCUGCUGAUUGACCUGACUGACUCUCAGGAGGUUCUUCGACCCAGUGAUGAACUCGCCAUCCGCCAGACCGACUCCUUGGACGUUCUAUUUGACCUAGUUACGCUUAUUCCUCGCAAUGGGGAGCUCGAUAAUUCAGGCUGCGCCAAUGGGACCUCUCGCAAUCUCAUCGAUCUGGAUGGCAAUAGUACCUUUGUGUCGGGUUCCCAGACCAUCUCCCAGAGAACCUCUGGCAACGCUGACAACGAGAAAGAUACUCCGAACAGCUGCUACCUUACCCCGAUUUCAAAGUUUGCGUGGCACCCACAAACUCAUUGCCAGGACACUUCUGAAGAUGAGAAUUUUUCUCAUUCUGGACAAUUGCUCAGUGUGACCAACAUCCAAGAAACUCCUCAACACGGUUUUGCAUUGGCACAUCACGCCCUGCAGGAAAAAAGUAAUUUAGUCGCAUCGCCCCUGCGACCCCAGCAUCUUACCGUGGGUAACGUGCUGGGUGAGAAUCUUGGCGUCGGUGGUCAAAGCAAGACAAAUGGACUACAGUACGUCACGGCGGCCGCCAGAGCAAGAAACAACAGCAUAAAAUCUGGCUCCGAGUCCUCUCCUCUGGGCUGUCAAGCUGUCAUCCUCUCUGGCCUACCAUGCCAGGCUAAGCUACAAGACGUGAUGCCUCGAGUUCGAGGAGGCAAGAUUGUUCAGGCUACCAUGGCUGAUACAUCGGCGCUCCAAGUUGGCCGCUCUGCCUACGUGGUAUUUGCAAACUCGACAGAUGCAAGCGCCUACGUUGAUUUUGCCAAGGAGAACCCCGGUUAUGUCACAGUGCUUGGUCAGCAGGUCUAUGUCCAUCUUGCUGGCACCUUGACCUAUCCGCGCCACGGCAUGCGCCAACCGUGGGGCGACGAAACGAGACAUGUCAGCUUGGGGGGGCGGGUCUCUCGAGACCUCUGUAGCAGACUGUUCAGGCAGAUCGAGUCCAUGUUCCGUCACGCAGAGGAUGCAUUGGAGGAUGUGUGGUAUGAUGCAACCGGCUCAUGUUUGAUGCUUUUCAAAAACAUCGAUUAUGCUAUCCGUUUUCACUCGUUCGUUCGUAAUUACCCCAGCUAUAAACACGUGGCAGAGGAGAUAUAUUUUGUCGACGAUCCCUGCUCUGGUCCUUUGGCUGACCUGGCCUCCCCGGCUUGCUUCGCUCGAGGGGCAAACCAGAGCUUAUUGCACGACUGGCUGAAGUACAAGUAUGGUAUUGUUGAACUCUCCGAACAGGGCACAGAUCAGCUUGAUGUUACUCCUCACGAGCCGGCACAGCAGGAAGACACCCUUUCUCCUCACCGGCCUCAAGGCAUUCUUAUUGACUUGUCGGACGAGGAUACAUUGCCGGCAGCUGUGCAAGUCUCUGCUCCCUCGAGCAACCUCGAGACCUUGUCAUCAAACCUCGGUUCUGAUGCCGCCGAUUAUCAGGCUCCUCAUUGCAGCGUGAUGGGGUCGGAGCCACUUGAUCGUGAGCCUCUGCCUAGUAAGACCCAAGACGCCACAUUGCGUGAGUCCAAGCCUGCCGUUUGCCGCAUUUUCACCAUGGAGGAGUUCCUCAAGGAAUAUGCAUACGAGGAGCACCUGAGAGACCCCGUUCAGUGGCGCAAGGACUUUUUGUAUUUGGGCCACAUGAAGAAACACACGCCCGAAUGA